AUGGCUUCUCGUCAGAGUUCAUCCCACAAUUCUGAUUCCAAUUCAUCCCAAAGUUCUGAUUCCAAUUCCAAUUCCAAUACCAAUUCCAAUUCAAAAGCCAUUGCUCUUCCAACACCAACUGAUGCUUUAAGAGUUCAGACGAUUCCGAAAACAUUCAGAAGCUCGAAAAAGAAGGCUAGUGUGAAGAGAAAACGUGAUGGAGCAGCAGAUGCUGGAACGAGCAAUGCUGCAGAUGAUGAAAAAGAAGAAAAACCUGCUGGAAGAUCUUGGGUGUGGUUGCACUUCAAGAAGUUUGAGAAGCCUCAGUUUGCGAUUAAGGAUGGUAAGAAAGUUCAAACUUGUGUUAAAGAGAGAGCUAAGUGCAAUUACUGUGGAACUGAUCUGGCAUGUGAUAGUUAUGGAAACGGAACUAGUUCACUUAGGAGACAUAUACAAGAAGUGUGCAAAAAAUAUCCGGGUAAGGUUGAUUUAGAAAGUGGGCAGCAGGUAUUGAGUACUGGUGGUACUAAGGAGUUAGUGAUGGUGAAAUGGAGUCAGGAAGCUUGCAGGGAAGCAGCUUGCAAGAUGAUAGUAAUGGAUGAACUGACUUUUAGUUUCAUUGAAAGGCCGGGGUUUUGA